AUGGACGUCCAGGAAAUAAUAACACAUACUGCCGACAUCUCGCUGGAUAAAGAAGAGCAAGGCGUCCGUUUUGAGGAUGAGGAGCUCGGCGUCCAAACCCUGCCGGCGUCGAGGCAGACAUGGUCCGUUGUUGGCCGAUUUUUAACGGAUAGAAUUCUCAAGACCGAGGUGAUGAAGCGUGUUAUGGCUUCGGCUUGGAAGCCUCUCAUGGGUAUUGAGAUAACGGAUGUGCAGCCUAAUUUGUUUUUGUUCACCUUCUUUGAUGAGCCGGACAUGAGGCGUGUUAUGGAGGAGGGACCUUGGGCGUUUGAGAAUGCGACGCUGCUAUGCCAAGUCUUGAACGAUGGUGAUGAUCCGCUACAGGUUAGUCUGAAUUCCGUGGAUUUAUGGGUACAAGUUUCGGACAUCCCCCAGGGAUACCGCACGGUGAAAGUUUUGGAGAGAAUUGGGGACUAUGUUGGGGUUUUCUUGCGUUAUGAUGAACGAAACUUUGAGCGGCAAUGGACUUCCUUCUAUAGAGUUAGAAUCACCCAUGAUGUUUCAAAACCCUUAAAACGGAGGAUGAAGAUGAUUCUGAGGGAUGGAUCGUCGACAUGGAUUAAUUUUAAAUAUGAACGCCUCCACAUGUUUUGCUUCUUCUGUGGUAGGAUGGGUCACACGGAUAAGUUUUGCUUGCAAGCUCGCCGGUCGUUGUUGAAGCCGGAGCAGUAUCCGUUUGGUGUAUCGAUGAGGGCGGGGGGUUCGAGCCCGGUGAAGGAGUUGGGAGAAAAAUGGUUUCGGCUGGGUCAAGAAAGGAGACGGGAGAUUGGCUAUGGGGGUGAGGGUGGGAGAUUGGCAGUGGGUGUUGAAGUUAGAGGGGAAGGGCAGUCUCGGGUGGAGGUGGGCAUGGUUACGGGUGGGGUGGUUUCGGGAAGUAAGAGUGUGGAUGGAAUGGGCGGUGAGAGUGUUGGUGGUGAGGGAGAGGGAGUGAGGGUGGAUCCGAAAAGACGGAGGAUGGAGGGUGGAGAGGUGAGUGCUUUGAAUGGGAAUAUGGUUGUGGAUUCUGAUUCUUUAUUUAUGGCGGGACCUGUGGAUCAGGUCCGCCGGUCCCAAUGA